GCGUCCGUCAGGGGCUGGCCAUUGAAGAAGAGCACGUUGAUGACUCAGAAAGGUUCUGCGCUUGAACUACAGCAGAGAAAGAAAGGCCAGAGCCGCAAUAUUACAGCUUGUGUUGAUUUAAUUUAGUUUCUUCUCCUGCCUCACAUCAUAUUUUAUACUUGAUUGAGCCAGUUACACUUGAGCUGCUGGUGAAGUCGCGCUGAAGAACUUCUGCGAGGUAGCCAUGUCAGUUACGGAGAUGUUCAGCUACAUCCAGGGCUUUUUAACUGCCGAUCAGGAUAUUCGCGAGGAUAUACGAAAAGUUGUCCAAAUGCUCGAGCAGACCGCCAGAGAGAUACUAACCAUCCUUCAAAGUGUUCAUCAGCCCAGUGGUUUCAAAGACAUUCCCAGCAAGUGUCUGAGGGCCAGGGAGCUGUUUUGCACGGUUCAAACCCACAUUGGUGAGCUGAAAACAAAGUUCCCUGUGGAACAGUAUUACAGGUUUCAUGAGCACUGGAGGUUUGUUUUGCAGCGCCUUACAUUUCUUGCUGCUUUUGUGGUCUAUUUGGAGAGCGAGUCCUUGGUGACACGAGAGGAGGUGGCAAAAAUACUUGGAAUUGAAGUGGACAGAGAUAAGGGAUUCCAUCUGGACCUUGAAGAUUAUCUAGCAGGGAUUCUUAUUUUGGCCAGUGAACUGUCGAGGUUGGCAGUCAAUAGUGUAACAGCAGGAGACUAUGGACGCCCUCUUCGUAUCUCAAAUUUCAUCAACGAACUUGAUUCUGGUUUUCGCCUGCUAAAUCUGAAAAAUGACCCACUACGCAAACGCUAUGAUGGUCUCAAGUAUGAUGUGAAGAAGAUUGAAGAGGUAGUGUAUGAUCUGUCAAUCCGGGGCCUUGCUAAGGAGCAGGAAGCCGGGGGAGAUAAGUAGAGGCAGUAGAGGAACAGAAGAGGCCGUGGGGCAAAUACCCUGGCUGGGAUUCUCCAUGAGUGCAAGAGUGGAGACUUAACCUGCCCGUGGGCAGGCACAUGGAGGAAGAGAAGAUCAGAUGGAAGUGUUGAAGCCCCAGUAGCCUUUGACAGCAGUGUGGAUUUUGUAGUCAACUGUCUGUCCUAGUGGAAAGCUGUUUUAGGCCUGAGAAAAACGGGAGAAGCUGUUUCUCACUAUUGUUGAGAGAGGUUUACUCAUGUACAGUUCAUCUGUAUGCUUGGUUGGAUGUGCCAUUUUGCUGUUCUUUACUGGUUCUGUGUUGGUCAUCUCAUUUGUAAAGCAUUGUAUAAACAUUGGCCAAGGUUGAUGUUGGGAUGAGGUGAUUUAAAAUUUUAAGUUUUCUUCUCAAUUUCACUGAAGUCUGUAAUAUAAUUGUACUGCAAAUGAAAGUGUGUUAUGGCUAAAACUCUGGACUACAGUUGUUUUUUUUUUUUUUGUUUGUUUUUUGUUUUUUACUGUUUUAAGUAUGUACAGAUGUGUUGAAGUUAGGUGAAGUAUAAGUAUACCUUAUACCUGUCUACAGGAAUGAGUAGAGUGGAUAAAAAUGAAUGAUUUGUCUAAACUACACAAAACUGCUGCUUUUGAUUUUUUUUUUUUUAUUGAGUGGGGCAGUAGCUGCAGACAUAUUCACAGAAAUAUCAGUGCACACAUUUCUCAAUGUUCUCUCCUAGCACUAAAUGUGAAGGAUGAUUAUGGAGAGUUUUUAGUCCGAAUGUUUCUGCAAAAAUAAGUUUUGCAUAUUUGUUGUCUGGUGAUUGAUUCUUGAAAGAGCCAACAAUAUUCUUGUAUGAAGGUGACUGUACUGCGUUAUUUUUGCAGUCUUGCCCGAGUUCUUUUGCAAAACUUAUCUAUAAAUAAUGUUAGACUAUUACAUGUUCUGUGAUCUGAAGACAGCAGUUUUGCAAAAAAAUCACUUCUCAUAAUCACCACAUGCCAAAAGUACCUUUUUGUUUACUUAUAUUUCACUGGUGUGUAAUCUUGAGCUAUACAUGUGAGCAUGUGAUUGGCCUGCUUUAUAAGUGUACGCUUAGUACUGUUACUGACACAACGCAUGAAGUACCUGUUUUGACUUCAACACUCGUCCAAAUGUGUCAGCAGUAAAAAAAAUAUGCACUCUUU